CAGUAAAUGAAACCCACCGCGAAAACUUAGAACAUGAACUAUCACCCCGAAGAAGCUGUGUCAAAACGCAGCUGCCUCCGCUGCAGCCGGCGAAAGGUGCGCUGCGACCGGGCCCACCCCUGCGCACGAUGCAUCCAGGCCAGCGCUGAAAGUGAAUGCUCCUACCCUGGGUCUGCCAAAAGAGUGCCCCGGGUGCUGAACAGGCCUCCUAUUUCGGUUGUUAUGGCGCGGCUUAAGGAGUUGGAGGGUGAGGUAGCGAGGCUGCGGGGGAGGGAAGAAUGUGAACGUUUUAGUGACGCAGAAGGCAAAGCUGGGAAUUGGGAUAGAGUGGGUGCGAGAUUCGGGAAUGGGCGAUAUGUCGGCGAUGAAGCUUCUGUGGUUCUGGGGGAUAAGAUACGCGAGCUGCGAGAAGCAUAUGACGUGGAAGAGGGGACUGAAUCUGACCCAGAACGUGACAGUGAUGACUAUCUUGUAUCGUCGGUGUUAGAGCCUGAACGGGUUAAGAUACUCUGGUCUAUCUACAAAAGAAACGUUGCACCCAUGAUAGCGAUUCUACACAAGCCCUCCAUUGACGACUUGGUUACUGAGUUCUGCGCAACCCCUAACCUACUUCUCGAUCCAGCUCCGAAAGCUCUUCUUCUAGCCAUUUGCUUCGCGGCCACAGUCAGUUCAACAGACGAAGAGUGUCUGUCCAUCUCCGGCCAGACAUACGAUUCCUGUGUCCUGGAUUACCAGCUCGCCACGGAGCAGGUAUUGACAAGGCCCAACCUCAUCAGCAGCCAAGAUUUCCGCAUACUGCAAGCCGCAGUGCUGUUCCUGCUAUGUCUACGCUGCAAUGGUGACUCCAGAGUAGCAUGGGCCGAAACCGCCAUCGUAGUCCGUGUUGCGCAAAAGCAAGGCCUACAUCGCGAUGGCCAAUCUCUCGGACUAAGUCCCUUUGAUACUGAAAUGCGGCGCCGGCUAUGGUGGCACCUUUGCAUUCUCGAUAUGCUCUGUUCUGAAGACCAAGGGACCGAAACCCAGAUUAUGCCAGCCAUGUUUGAUACCCAGAUCCCGGUGAAUAUUGACAGUGACGAGCUCACGGUGGAUAUGGACCUACCCCCGUCUAAUAAACUAGGCUUCACUGAUAUCACGCUCUGCAUUAUCCAUUGUGAAAUGAUGAUAAACCUAUACUGGGUUGGGAAAUCUUUCAACCCUCAACAGGCGAUGACUAUAGACCGAGUCAAUCUCCUAUCGACACUAUCCAACCGUCUUGAGAACGAGUAUCUCGACAGAUUCAACCUCAACAUCCCAAUACAAUGGAUAACCGCCGUCAUCACACGCCUGGCCCUAUCAAAAGCAUGGCUCGUCGUCCGUCUCCAAGCCUCACUCGACAACGCAAACACCGACACCAACACAAACAAAGACGAGAUAUUCCACAUGGCCAUCGAAACCCUAAAAUUCGCCAACCUGCUCCAAACCAACGAGCCAACAGCACAAUGGGCCUGGCUCAGCAAAACAUACAAGCACCAGCAUGUCCUCGCCUUUGCGCUGUCUGAGCUGUGUGUGCGACCUGCCUCGCCUGAGGUAGCGCAUGCCUGGGACGUGGUUACAGAGUUCUAUAACAUGUCGCUGCAAGGGCGGCACCGCAUGAAUAGUAUGCUGCAAAGACCACUGGCGCGAUUGAUGGAGCGAGCGAGCAUCGUACGGAACGGAGGUGCGGAGCCAGUCACGAAACCGGGUGUUGAGUCUGAAUUGUCUUAUUCGGUUGAAGACUGGCUCAGGGUUCUAUAAUCGGACUCGAUUCGAUUUCACACUCGAUCCAUGGUUAUUCCAUGGUUCUUGAGUAUAUCAAGAUUUGUCAGCCUCGGCCUUGAAAUCAGCCCCGAGCGCCGCCACAUUACACACCACCCUAGCAGCAGGGUUUAAUAGGUAUAAAUACAAGUAAAGUAGUUACAGAUACAAAUCCAACUCAUUUAUAUUUAAAAUCCACCAUGUCCGCCAUCCUCAUAACCGGCGCCACAGGAAAGCAAGGAGGCUCCGUGAUAAAGAGCCUCCUAGCCCAGAACGCCCCCUUUGACAUUCUCGCCGUGACACGGAGUGCGCAGUCUGCUUCUGCGCAAGGUCUGGCGCAGCUGUCGCCUAAGAUUCGUAUUGUGGAGGGGAACCUGGAUAACCCAGCUGGUCUGUUUGAAUCUGCUAAACGGCAGACGGAGAGACCGAUUUGGGGGGUGUUUAGU